AUGCUUCUGGUUACAAUCCGACGAAUGCGGUCGUUGCUCAAUAUUUAUCAAAGAAAUAAAUUUUUAAAGGUAUCUGAUUCUGUAACCUCCUUGCGGUACGUGGGCGUCGGCGACCUGCACAUCGAGUCGAUCACGCUGUACCGCGACUACGAGGCCGGCGGCGCGGAACUCCUCCUGCUGGUGCGGGAGGAGGAGUGCGUGGAGAAUUUCAGUGACGUCACCUCCAGCAUCGCCAUCGUUGGGCCUUCCCCUUGGACUCUCUAUGAAGACGCCUACUUCAUGGGCAGGUCGGCGUGUUUCGUCCCGUCUCUCAUCGCAGGUUCUGACGUCUCCUCCUUCGGGUAUUUCUCCUUCGACUCCCUCGGCUACCCUAACAACGCAGUGUCCGCCGUCAGGAGGGGAUGUCACAGCACCAACGUCAAGGUCUACCAUCCCUAG